GUGGCGUCACUCGAUAUUCUCGGCGCAUUUGUGUGGUAUUGGUAUUAGUGUGAGGAAAUUUUAUAUCGGUGAUUCGUUAUGUCUGCCAACGGAGAAGUUCAAGUCCCGGCCGUCGAGAAGCCGACGGCGGAAGUCCCAGCGGCCAAGGAUCUCAGGAAGAAGGCUUCGAAGCCCGUUAAGGAGAGGAAAGCCAAGGUCCCCAAGGAGAAGAAGCCAAAACAACCUAAAACUGCUGCUCAUCCUCCAUACUUUCAGAUGAUCAAGGAGGCUCUGGUGGCUCUGAACGAGAAAAGUGGGUCCAGCCCAUACGCCAUAGCCAAGUACAUGGAGGAGAAACACAAGGCCGUACUCCCCGCGAACUAUAAGAAAAUAUUGGGUCUGCAACUGAAGAACUCGGCCACGAGAGGGAAGCUGAUCAAGAUCAAGGCGUCGUACAAGCUCUCCGAUACGGGAAAGAAAGACAAGGUCGCAAAGGUCAAGGCAACCAAGUCCGCUCCGGCGGCGAAAAAACCAGAGCCCCCAACUAAGAGGGGCACGAAGAGGAAGCCCACGACGAAGAAGGUGGUGCCUGUGGCAAAGAAGGCGAAGAAGGCGACUCCUGCCAAGCCCAAACAACCCAAGUCAAUCAGGUCCCCUGCUGCCAAGAGAGCCAAGAAGGCCACUGCCUGAGAAGUUAGGAAAAAAGGAAGAGAUUAGAAAAAUAAGUAAAUUAGCGUUUUGCUUGUUUGCGUUAAGAAAAGGAAGAUUCUAGAGGUUUGGUUAGGUUUAGAUCUCUGUGAAUAUGGAGUGUCUGAAUGGUUGGUGGGUACUGUGAAGAAGGAAGUGUGUUUGCUCUCAUCUCUGAAGGAUAUUGGCGUAAUGGUGCGCUGAAAUCUUCUGCUUGUUCUGAGAGGACUGGAAAAUGUAACCGACUUUUGGCAAAAUGUUUUAGUAUUUUAAACU